AUGUCUGUCCUCAGGCAUGGCGGUGCCUUCUUUCAAAGACGGCUCACCAAACUAUAUACAGAUACCAAAUCAUCCUGCGAGAAUGUUUCUAGUGCAUCAAAGGCCAACGAUGAUCCGGAGCUCGUGGCAUUGAACUGCAAUUUCCGGACCCAAAAAGAUAGGCUCCUGGCAUGGGGCUUGGAUUGGAGUGAUGCGAGCGCCGCCCAACCCAAUGACAUCGAUGAGGCUCUAAGUGAGGCUGGCUUUUCUGACGUUGUCGCGAGUGUCAUGUCAUCUAUCCAGGAGCUUUUGAAUGAGGCGGAGAGGCUCCAGCAACCGGAUGGUGUCAAGUCUCUUGAUGGGCCCGGGACGGUUUGCCCGUUCAAGACCUCAUGGACUCCAGAGGAGAUUGCGCGGUCGAAGGAGUUGUUGGAGGAGUUGACGCAACAUAUCGAGACACUAUAUGAUCUCUCGCGGUCGCGAAGGAAUAUGAGCAUGAGCAUGAGCAGUGCGAAUGCGAAUUCCCAAUCUGGUUUAAAAGGCCAAAAUCGGCCGGCGCUGUCAAAGUCAUCAAAAUCUUCCAAGGAAUCGUUUUAUUCGCUUUGGAAUGAACCUGGUCAAUCAAUGGAUGAAAAACCGCUGCCAACAUCGAAAAGGGUCGCAUCGCAACCCCAGCCUGAAGAAUUUGGAACCGACCCUCUUAUGGGUUUCCAUGCCGAUACAUUGGCUGAUGCGUCUACAGUUGAUUUCCCGAAGACUUUUCCUGAUUCUUUUCUUUCAACUAAACAUUUCUAUAUUGAUAAAUCUGCCCUUCAUCUGUCGUAUGUCGGGAUUUCUCAUGCUUCCAAUCCUCCUCCAUAUGAGGCGAUUGCAGAAUCUGCGAAUUCUCGAGUCAUUGGACAUUUAGAUGUCCCUGCGAUGCCUUCUGCGCUGGCAACGCUUGUGAAAGGACCAACUGUACCAGUCCUCGUGGAAUUCUUGCCGAUGAUGAUGGGACAACCGAAUUCUCUUAUAUUUCCUCGCAAAGGACGACUUGUUCAAUUAUCAGAGACCCUUCAGCGUUUAGUCGAAAACUCACGUGUAUCUCAUCUCGGAUUGCUCAAGUUUGUUGGCUAUUUUAUCGAUAUGACUUAUUCCCGUUAUGCGUUCGUUUACCAGGUUCCGCUUGAAAUCUUUCCACUACUAAGACAACCCUCGGAUAUCCUGAGGGAUGCCAAACCUCGACCCCUUGUAUCCCUGUUUCAUUCUGGAGAUAACCGACCGGACUUCCCUAUCCCGAAUCUUGAAAGUAGGUUUCGUUUAGCGUAUCAUCUGGUUCUUGCGGUUCUUCAUCUCAGAAGCCAAAAUGUCGUACAUGGGAAUAUAAACAGCAACAAUAUUUUAAUAUUCCCUGAUUAUCGGGUUUCUAAUGAAGGGUUUCUAAGAGACUCGAGUUCCGAGUUCAGCCAUCCAUACCUCACGUCGCUCGCUCAGUUCGAUAGCGAAGACAAAAAUGCUGUUCCAGAACCUUUAUCAGCCAGCAUGUACCGCCAUCCUGACGACCGUCGUGUUAUUACCGACAAUUCUUCGUGGGCAUAUGAUCUCUAUAGUUUAGGCUUGGUAUUACUUGAGAUUGGGUUGUGGACGCCACUCAGUAAACUUUGGAAGAUGAAGUACAACAACGCUAUGUUCAAAUCACGAAUCGAAAAUGUCUACGUCAAAAGACUCGCUCCAAAAUGUGGAAAUUCAUAUCUACAAAUGGUACAGCUUUGCCUCGAUGCUCCCAACUUCCACCUUUCAACGGAACCGAUGGCAGACUUAGGACUGAGGAUUCAACAAACUUACCACUACCCAUGGCAUGAUCCGAGUGCAUCUGAUGAGUGGAAUACGUUUUCCAAAAAUUUCGUUUACGCAAUUGGCAAAGUCACUUGGCGCUGUGCUUGCCUAGAUGUUUUCAAUCCACCACCAGCUUCAGAUUUAGAUGAGUGUCUUCCUCCACCUCUCAUUAUUGAGCCAUCCAGUUCGACAAGGAAAGAGGUAAACUCUUAUAAUACAGGUGCUCAGCUGGAUGUAACCCUACCUAUUGAUCCGGAGGAUGAUGGGACAACCUACGGUGAUUCGAAAGCAUUACAAGAGAAGUGUACUGUUAACGAGAAGAAAGUCCGCAAACGAACGUUUAAAAAAUGGUCGAAUGUCGAAAUACCUGAUGAAAAUUUACGGGAAUGGAACACUACACUCAUGCCAAAGCUCAGCAAACUUCUUCAGAAGAUCCUAAAGGACUCGCCCGAAUCCUGCAGUGCGACAUUGAUGAUAGCUGGAGAAACUGCAGAAACCGCGAAGACCACAAUAUGUGUCACAUGUACCAACAUACGCAGGGUUCGAGCGGCUCUUAAAAAGUACUUCGACUUUGAUCGAGAAAACUGGGAUCUCAUUGUGAUUCGAGGAGAUGUUACAAGGUCAAAGGUUCCUCGCAGAAGACGUAGAAAACCGAAACGGAAUAACUGCCCUGCUGCUGAUACCACCCAAGCUGACUUGAACCCACACUAUCAGCAAAAGCCUCUCUGUGGAGCGUCAAUUGGAGCAUUUCGACUUGACGAACAUUUACCUCCCGUUUCCUAUGGAGGGGCCAUUCUUGUUGACGGCAUGCCCUACGGAAUGACUGUGCACCACAUGCUUGAUGCUCCCUGCGAUGACGAGGAUGAUGACUUGCCUCCCCGCUCGGCAGGCAACUGGACUCCGGGAACGGAGCCUUUUGACGAGGGCUUCUCAUACUCUUGGCGUGGUGAAGACCUACCUGAAGCCCUUUAUCCCUUUGAAAUAUCUGACGGCGAAGAAGAUGGAGAUGAAGGAUCCAUUGCACCAAGCAUUGACGAGUCAUAUGAUGACUACUGGCUUUCAGAUGGAUAUUCUACAGAUGACGCGGAUGAAGACCCUAACGACGACAAUGAUUCUGAUGCCGCAUCUAUCGGAGAUACUGCUGGAGUAGACCCCGGAGAAGAGCCUAGGAUAAUUGUCACUCAACCGGCGAUUGAUGAUGUGGAAGACGGUUUUUUCCCAUCCUAUGAAGAUCGUGACGAUGAACACCUUGCCUCGCAUUCUCUAGGAUACGUCCACGCCUCGUCGGGAGUCAGGAGAUGGACACGCAAUGGCAUAAAACAUGAAGUGGAUUGGGCCCUUAUCAAAAUUGGCGAGAAUCGGAUGGAUGUCAAUAAUGCGAUACUUACGAACGUUCACACGUCAGAAUCAAAUAGCUCCCUCAACUUCGGUCGUCGUGGCACUCAAGCGCAACAAGGCCUCAAAGCGUUAUUUGCGGAGCUAGACAAGGUCGCCAAGUUAGAGGAUCUGGCUGGCUUGUAUGUGCAAUGUUGUGGCAGGACAAGCGGCUUGCAAAGUGGACGAAUUUCCAAAGCAAUGAGUCUUGUAAAGAUGCAUGGGCGCCAAUCGUUCUCUAGCAGCUUUAGCGUUGAUGGGAAUUUUGGAGUUCCUGGCGACUCUGGGGCCUGGGUCUUCGAUAAAUCCACAGGUGAAGUAUGUGGACACGUCCUCGCAUGGUCAGAAAAGAGCCGAACUGCUUACAUCGCCCCGAUGGAGGUUCUCCUAGACGACAUUGCCCGCACUCUAGGUGCCACCAGCGUCACCCUUCCUAGAAGCGAGGAGGCACUGGCAUGGACCCGCAAUGCCAAUACCACGCGGGCAGAUGAUGUUUCGUCUGAUGACAGCCGCUUACCAGCAGUUGCAUCCCAAUCUCAUAUGAGGAAAAGUUUGAAGAUGACCCACCACGAAAUGGACCAGCUUCCGGUCGAGUUAGGGAGACUAGGUAUUGAUAGAGAUGAGCAGACACGAAGUCGAGGGGGGAUGAAGGGGUUAAGGGAUGUCCCAACCUCCGCGUAUGGUGCUGUUUCUCCGUUGAUGCGUCAGCCGAUUACGAUGGAGAGACAACUAGCAUGA